CACACCCUUACCAAGGAAAGAGAGACAGAGAGAAAGAGAAAUGGGUAAUAGCUUAAGGUGCUGUUUGGCUUGUGUUCUUCCUUGUGGAGCCUUAGAUUUGAUCCGUAUAGUUCAUUUAAACGGCUACGUUGAGGAGAUAACUCGCCCAAUCACUGCUAGUGAGGUUCUUAAAGCCCACCCUAAUCAUGUUUUGAGCAAACCUUGUUCUCAAGGAGUUACCCGCAAAAUCUUAAUCCUUUCGCCGGAAUCUGAGCUCAAAAGAGGCAGCAUAUACUUCCUUAUUCCGGCAUCUACCUUGCCGGAGAAGAAGAAGCAGCAAGCAGCCAAGAAAUCCUUCAAGAAGACCAAAAAAUGCAACACUACUACAAGUUCUACAGAAGACAAUCAUAUAUCAGAUUGUGACCGUUAUUUAACUGAUAUUAUCUCAUCAUCAAAAAAAUCUUCACGUCGUGGUGACCGCCGGACUGGUCGUGUCGGAGUAUGGCGGCCUAAUCUCCAGAGCAUAUCCGAAGACUAACAUUUUUUUCCGGUGUCGGAAUCUGACAUCCCCGGUACAAUUAUGCAAUGGGGACGUUUUUUUAUUGUACGUGGGGUUAUUGGAAUUGUGGAUAAGUUUUUUUCUUUUUUUUUUUUUAAUGUUUCGGUCUGCGGGUAAUAGUUGCAGACUCUGAAUUUUCACUGUGGAUCAGAUCUUGAUCCGUUUGAAUAUAGAAGCAAGAGAAAUCGAUAUCGUUUGGACUAAAUGAGAAAUUGUAUGAAUCUCAUAGAGAAAAUUGUAAGUAAAUAUGUUCUGUUUUUUUGUUUUUUUUUA